CUACUCAUUUUCAAUAUUAAAAUAUGUUAUUACCUUAACUAAGUACUGUUGAUACAUCCCUCUAUCAUCUGUGUGCGUGCACGUAAGCGCUGGAGCGCGCCGCGACACUCUGUUAGCAUUUAGCUUAGCCCCAUUCAUUCAAUGGUACCAAAAAGAUAUAAAGUUAGAAGUGACCAAACACAUCAACGUUUUUCCUAUUUAAGACGAGUAGUUAUACGAGGAAGUUUGGUGGCACGAAAUAAAACGUAGCGCUUUUCUAAGCACAUUUAAAUGGGUAACUAUAUUGUAUGGCGUAAUAGCACUGUCGGAGUACUUCGUACCGGCGGAGCAAGUUAUGUCACGCCUGAAACAUCCGCUCCCCUUAUCACCCUUCUAUAAUUUACCAUCCAGCACGGCAGGUGGCGAUAAUGAUCCUCAUGAGUUAUUCGCCAUUUAACGAGAAGAAGAUGAAUCCGCUCCCCCUCUCAUUUUUGUCUAUAGAACAAACGUGACUUUUACUUCCACCUGUGCUUGAUAGUAGCAAACAGCAAGAGAUCAUUUGCAAUGACUGACCUUAUAGACGAUGGCGACUGCUUUGUAGCAGACCCAGAGCCAUAUCUGUUUGAACCCGAGUACACAGAGGAGGAACUAGCUGCUAUGGACCGUGAGAGGGAAGAAAGAUCUGAACCAGAACAGACCGGAGCCGGCGAAAGAACACGGGCAAACAGCAAUUGGUGGUGCAAGUGUGACUGUUGCGGACAGAUGCCGACUGAAAUUGAGAGCCUGUGCUGUUUAGAAUGGGACCAGGUGUGGCCAUCAAUGGUGGGGGUCAAUGUAUAUCCAGAAGACCCUGGACACAUCGCCUGUGUCGCGGCAAGCGACGCCUUUGCAGCAAUGAUUCACCCAGCAGUAGUCAACUUUUUCUUUCAACGUGACAAAGUCAAUUGGAAGAAACGUCCCACGCCGAGUGGACCAGAUGGCAAGCUAUCCUCAGAUCAAAACAGGUUGGUGUCCUACCGUAUAGUACUGGAAUGGGCCCUACAGGGCGAAACUUUGGGCAGAGGGCAUCGGAAACCACUGCCAUCGUGUGUGGUCGGGGCUAUACGACAAAGAUAUCCUUCUGAGUCCGGUGUCUAUGUUGGAUUUCAAGUACAUGAGGCAAUGGAUUUGUAAACCUACUGUAACUGGGCAUUGUCCUGGGCCCUGCGUUCAGAUCCAGAGUAUGUUUGCACGUUUCACAUACAUCUGUGGGCCAAUUGAAAUGCAGCUUACGUCAAAAUAGUAGACUAACUGUAUAUUUUUCAUUUUCUGUUUGUAUAUAAUAUUAUCAUUUGUGUUCAAUUUUGUUUCCUAUAUUUGAUGUUUAUAAAUAAAUAUUUGAACCUAAAACAUCUAUU